AUGGACGCUUCCCAGUACCCUACCAACGGUAUAAACACGACAUCGGCCUCCUACCCGUCGCCCCCCGCCAUCACGCCUCACCAACUCCAGCAUACCAACUCCCCGCUGCCUCACCAGACUCUGCCGCCUUUGCAGCCGCAGACCUCCGCAGCCAUGAACCAGAUGUACGGCAGCAACCCUCACACGCCUCGCACUCCUGCUACUCCCAACACUCCGGGUUCGCAGAACAACAUGCCUGCCUACCCUCAGCAGCAGCAGCAGCAGCAGCCGCAGCAGCAGCCGGGUCGUGGCGGUCCUUACCAGCAGAUGGGCCAGUAUCCUCCCCCGCCCCAGGCCUACGGCACUCAGUCCAUGCUGCCCCAGACCACGAUGGCUUCUUCUCACCCUCAGCCCAUCGCGCCUGCGCCUGCCUCUGGUCGUGUCCCUCCUGUUCUCCGGCCCAUGCCCGCCGGUGGCGUCAUGCCCCAGCCCGGUAUGAACUCUCCCUACGGGCCCGGCGGCGUCAUGCCCGGCGGUCUUGGUGACAGCGACCAGCCCACCCACGUCGUCGGUUCUCAGGGUCGCCGUGGCAUCUUGCCUAGUGCUCCUGGACGUCCUGCCGCCACGCCUGCCGGUGCCGGCAACGGGAAGAGCACUGUUAUUCCGGUCAAGGAUGCUGAUGGCAAGUUCCCGUGCCCUCACUGCACCAAGACUUACCUCCACGCGAAGCACUUGAAGCGUCACCUCCUACGCCACACUGGCGACCGCCCCUACAUGUGCGUCCUGUGCCGCGACACUUUCUCGCGAAGUGACAUUCUCAAGCGUCACUUCCAGAAGUGCUCCAUCCGCCGAGGCAACCCGACUGGUGCUAGCCACUUGUCCCACCCUCAGGCUCAUGUCAAGAAGAAUGCUGCCGCCCAGAAGGCGCUUGGUCAGGAUGGCGGUCUUAACCACCUCAAUGGUCUUGGUAACAUGCCUACGGAUGGCAUGGUUCAGCCUUUUGGUAUGAUGCCUGUGCAGGAUGGGAUGAGCAACCUUGCAAACGAUCAGAGUCAGUUGUCGCGCUCCAGCAGCCUGACUAGGCUUGAUAAUGGCAGUAACCAAGACAGACGGGAUUUGACAGGAUCUGUCAUGGAUGCUUCUGGACGAGGUGGCAACUUCGAGCAGGCAUACAACGGCAAUGUCCCUAGCUCCAUGACGCCCAAUAUGAAUCAACAGAUGCAAAACUACAAUAUGCCCCCGGGUCAAAAUGGAAUGUCCAUGUAUGGCGGGUCGAACUCGAACCAACAAUCGGGCCUUGAUUGGUCUCAAAUGUUCCAGGCUGGUGCGCAACAAACCUACGCAAAUCAUCAAUUCCCCCCUAAUCUUGGACAGACGCAGAUCGCAACCAAACCCGAGCCUAAUACCGGCACCGAAAGAACAAUAGGUCCUCCUGGCCUCCAAACCCACCCCGAUUCUCUCUUCUACUCGACCUGGGGCGUGCCGCCAUCGAUCCAGGACCCCUUUACUCAACUCUCCAACCAGAUCCUCAACUUCUUCUACCCCCCAGGUUCCCCGAUAACCAACGAAAGUGCCGGCUUCAACCUAUACUUCUCCUCCGAUAACAUACGCGACUUCUUAGAAAAGUACACCCACUUCCAUGUCCAUUUUCCUAUUCUCCAUACCCAAACGUUCCGCAUCAUGGAUUCGUACACUGGCUUGUUAGCCGGCAUGUGCUGCAUGGGCGCCUGCUACUCGGAUCGUCUCUCUCCAGAUCACGUGCGCGAUAUGAUGAACUUUCUCAAGGCGGCUCUGGUUCGGGAUGUGCAAUUUCUUGUGCCGACGGCGGGCAAGCAGCAACACAACGGUACUGUCAACGCCGGCGACUCGAGCAACGGCCAACGCGACCUCGAGGAGCUCCAGGCCGUUAUGCUGCUCCAGAUUUUGAUGAUCUGGAACAGCACUCCUGAACACCGAGAGAGUGCUCGCGAGAUUUUCCCAGCAGUGGCGGAGCAGGCUCGCAGGCUUCGUCUGUUGGAGGUCUCCACCGGAUUGCCCCUCUUCAGCCCGCUGCACCAGAGCAACUUUUCCCCUCAGAACUUCGACGUCUCCACAUUCGAUUGGGGUGUGUGGGUUGAACAGGAAAAGCGGAUACGCCUCAUGCACAUCAUCUUCCUCUGCAACUCCGCCAUGGAACUCUAUUUCAACGCCCGCUCUCACAUCGAUGGUCUGGAAAUGCAUAUUCCGCUGCCAUCCGAUGAUGCCGCGUGGGAUGCACGGACGAAGAAGGAUUGCGAGGACGCUCUUGGUCUUCACGGAGAGGAACUGGCACGACAAAAGAACCCGAAUGGGACGCGACGCAGUAGGCAGCCCGACAUGAGCUAUGCCCUCCAAGCAUUGCUGCAUGGGUCGUAUCAAAUCCAGCCAGGUAGAACGAACUUGUAUGGCAAGUUCAUUCUGAUACACGCCAUUUUGUCGUUGAUCCGACGCGCUCAGUUGGACGGCAGUGCUGUAACGAAGGGGUAUGCGACGCCCCCAAUGAGCGACUGGAUGAUGAACGGGGGAUCAGAUGCCAACGCCGCCAACAGCGGCAGAGGCACGCCAGUCGAUCCCGCUCUUCAAGGCAUCCCAGCCCACGUUCACGACUCCUUCCGAAUGGCACUGCAAAAGUUCAAGACCAACUGGGAUGCUGACAUGGUUAAUCAAUUUCCACCUGGAUCAGCAAAGAAUGUGCGCAGGUACGGGUUCUCUAGGGAUGGUAUCCAUUUCUACUGGCUUGCCAAGUACCUUCUCAAGCACACACGGACAUCGGAGUUACAAAUGGAACCGGACGCGCGGUUUGUUGAGGUGAUGCACUUGCUCAAGUCGGUCAAGGCUUGGGUGAUGUCGGACGGGGCAACACGGGGCGAGGAAUUGGGAUCGGUGGGAGAAAUCGAUAAGGAUUUUGGGGUGGCAAACUUGACACUCGACAUGGCACGACUUUUUAAACCUCUUCCGGCGGUGGUGGAGGAUCCAGGAAUACCUUCUGUUCAAACGGAUAUCGGUACGGCAGCGGCUGGCAUGCUCUGA